AUGAUGACGAUGACACAGAUAACGGCGGUGAUGACCGUUGAUCGGCCACUCGAGAGUGUCCUCGAUCAGGUAGCUGAUAACCGUAAGACGCAUAUUCAAUCCAUUUGCAAAAGACUAUGGCACAGACACAGCAAGUGGACUGGAAGACCUAUGGACGAGGAGCAAAUGGAGGUGAAUAAGGAGGAGGAGGAGGAGGAGGGACAGGAAAAAGACAAGUGA